AAGUCACACAACUCAGUUGGGAAGAUUCCAAAGACUCUUGAUUUUAUUCUAGGUUGAGUCUUGGAGAAAGUUGUGACAUAGCAAGUUGAUAUUCGAAUGUUAUUUAUUUCCAACAUUGGUUAUUCUGAGCUUUUCUUUUCAAAUCACACAAUGUAAAGUAGAGAUCAUAAACCAUAAUUUGGGUUUAUGUAUGUAUGACUUUGGUAUUGAACAGAUAGGACCAAUGACGCAUCAAACGUUGGUUUCAUGCCAAGGGAUGUGUUCGCUCAGAUUCUCUGCCCAUUGAUGUGAUAACGCUGGCGUCAACACUUCUUUUAAAUAUUUUGAGGCGGAUCCGUCAGCUGGAGGAAGGCAUUUCUUUCGGAAUUUGCGCAGCAUUAGAAUUGAGAUUCGAGCUGGGGAGCUAGAGUCGUUCCAAAUGGAAUUACAAAUCAAAUGGAUUGAUUGAGACCCUAAAAUUGACAUUGUUUGUCAAGAAGGACGAGACGUCACACCAGUCCAUCAUUAACGCUCGAGAAUUGACCCCUCUAUCAGUUUUAUGGAGAUGUCAUCAUUCCUCCUAGUAAGAUUUGACUGCCGCCAUGGCUGACAUGGAAGUGUCUCUCUCCCCUGCCCAGAUCGAGGCACUUUACCUCAGCCCCUCGCUGUCCUCCACCUCCACAUUUUCCUGCCCUUCCUCACCUGGAUCCUCUUCUUCCUCGUUCUCCUGCUCAGACUGCUCCUCGGACUGCCCCAACCAGCACCAGUCUUCCAGUCCCAGAAGCUCCAGCCCCAGUGGCUGCAGCAGCAGCGACAGCGAUGGCAUGCGGGGCUGCAGCCCUCCUCUGGACAUCAUAUCUGAGGACGCUGUGGUGCUGGACCUGGUCAUCAAUCCCGAAGUGGCCUUGAAGGCUUGCCAGGAGGUCCUGCAGAAGGUCAAACUCCUGAAGGUAGAGGAAGAACCGGAGUUGUUGCAAAAGUGCAGCCCACAAUGGCGGCUGCCCAAAGAGACCGUAUACAUGGAGCCUUGCAACACGGGUUCCACUGAAGAGGAAGAACGAUGUUAUUCUCCUCAACGAAUAAUGCAGAAAUGCCCUCUGUCACAACAGUCUUGUGACACAGGUUCGAUUAAAGAGGAGGAGGAGGAAGAAGAAAAGCGUGACCCUCCCCGACAAAUUACGCAGACAUGCCCUCAGUCGCAACAACAGAAUGGCGACCAGUCCUCUGCGGCGGCCAAGCAGUCCUUGCUUUUGCGGCUCUUUGAAUCUAAGCUCUUCGACGUCUCCAUGGCCAUGUCCUACCUGUACAAGUCCAAAGAGCCCGGUGUCCAGGCCUACAUUGGCAACCGCCUCUUCAGCUUCUCAGACGAAGACGUGGACUUCCACCUGCCCCAGCUGCUCAACAUGUACGUCCACAUGGACGAGGAUAUGGGCGACGCCAUCCGACCCUAUGUGGUGCACCGCUGCCGCCAGAGCAUUGCCUUCUCCCUGCAGACGGCAUGGCUGCUCGGCGCCUACUCCUCCGACAUGCACAUCUCUACCCAGCGCCACUCUCGCGGCACCAAGCUGCGCAAGCUAAUCCUCUCAGAUGAACUAAAGCCCCAUGCAGUUUCUAAAGGUGUGGGUGCUGUGGAUGCCAGGCCUGGCCUGCGGGUCGGUGCCCGCAUUCACCACCACCAGCGGCACACCAUGAAGCCGUCCCUGGCCCCCGACAGCCAAAUCAACCCCGCCGAUGCCUACCUCUCGCCUUCCAAGCGGACACACCAGCGGUCCAAGUCAGACGCCACGCAUUGCACAAGCCUGGUGACUAGCCUGAAGAGAACAGCCAGCAACCCCAAGAUGGAAAGCGGCUACGAUGAGCCGCUGCGCCUGACGCCGCAGAGGGAGUUCAUCAAGUCUCUGAUAAGCAUCGGAAAGCAGCUGGCCACACUGCCCACCAAGGAGCAGAAGACCUGGCAGCUCAUCUCAGAGCUGUCACAACUCAACCACAAGCUGCCCGCCCGCGUCUGGCUGCCCACUGCAGCCUUCGACCACCACGUGGUGCGCAUGCCCCACACACAGGCCGUGGUGCUCAACUCCAAAGACAAGGCCCCAUACAUCAUCUACGUUGAGGUGCUGGAGUGCGAGAGGUUCGAGACAUCCGGCAUUCCCUUGCGCAUCCCAGAGACGCGCAUCCGCAGUGCCCGCUCUGCGGACAACCUCCUCCCGGAGUGCAUUGGCAUCACAGCCGAGCAGCGCGCCGUCAGCUUCUCCACUGUGCCCAACUACGACAACGACGACGAGGCCUGGUCCGUGGAUGACAUUGGCGAGCUGGAAGUGGAGCUCCCAGAAGGCCACACCAGUAGCAGUGACAACAUUUCCCAGUUCUCUGUGGACAGCAUCACCAGCACGGAGAGCAAGGAGCCUGUCUUCAUCGCUGCCGGCGACAUCAGGCGACGUCUGUCAGAGAACCUGGCCCACACCCCCACAACGUUCCGGAAAGAUCCAGAGGACCCGUCCGCUGUGGCGCUCAAGGAGCCCUGGAAGGAGAAAGUCAGGCGGAUAAGGGAGGGCUCCCCUUACGGUCACCUGCCAAACUGGCGGCUGCUGUCAGUCAUCGUGAAGUGUGGGGACGACCUGAGGCAAGAGCUAUUGGCCUUCCAGGUGCUCAGCCAGCUACAGUCCAUCUGGGAGCAGGAGCGCGUCCCCCUGUGGAUCAAGCCCUAUAAGAUCCUGGUGAUGUCAUCAGACAGCGGGAUGAUUGAGCCUGUGCUGAACGCUGUGUCUCUGCACCAGGUGAGGAAGCAGAGCCAGCUGUCUCUGCUGGAUUACUUCCUGCAGGAGCAUGGCAGUUACACCAACGAGGCCUUCCUCACCGCCCGACGCAACUUUGUGGAGAGCUGCGCCGGCUACAGUCUCAUCUGCUACCUGCUGCAGGUUAAAGACAGACACAAUGGAAACAUCCUCCUAGACUCGGAGGGCCACAUCAUCCACAUUGACUUUGGCUUCAUCCUGUCCAGCUCUCCCAGGAACCUGGGCUUUGAGACCUCUGCUUUUAAGCUCACCAGCGAAUUUGUGGAUGUGAUGGGAGGCCUGGAUGAAGACAUGUUCAACUACUACAAGGUGCUGAUGCUCCAGGGCCUGAUAGCUGCUCGCAAACACAUGGAGAAAGUGGUCCAAAUAGUGGAGAUCAUGCAGCAAGGCUCUCACCUGCCCUGCUUCCAUGGCUCCAGCACCAUCCGCCACCUGAAGGAGCGUUUCCACAUGAGCCUGACGGAGGAGCAGCUACAGGUGCUGGUGGAGCAGAUGGUGGAUGGCUCCAUGCGCUCCAUCACCACCAAGCUUUACGACGGCUUCCAGUACUUCACCAACGGCAUCAUGUGAACAGUUCCACACCAAACUCUACCACAUGGGACAACCACAUGUGCGAACAUGCAUAUAAAGAUGGUGGUAACCUGUGCAUAUGGACUCACGCAUGUGUGCUUGCCAUAGCAGCACAUUUAGGAAAAUGGACUCUUGUAUAGACAAGUGCAACAAGGUCCUGUUUGCGAACUAUGUAUGUUCUUUGUCUUAGACGGACCUCUGUUUUCCCCCUCCUUGUUUUGGCCUUGUGGAGGGGGGAGUCCGCACCUUCUCUCCCUCUUGUCCUCCUAUCCAUAGGACUUUUAGCGCAUUGACUUCUAAAACGAGGCAUAACGCACAUUUCAAAUCACACACGAAAAGGAUUAAGUAUCAAUAUCGGAGGAGGUACUUCAUUGAAAAGGGGGAGGGGCAACACUGGAGAGGGAGUGGUCUAUAUUCAGAGGAGCCAAGAAGACUUUUAUCAGAAUGGAUAGAAGACGAAUAACUGUGGACCAAUUGUGCAAGAGCGUCACAAAGCAGUGCAUAUUGAAUAUAUUGACUUAUUUUUGUUCUUAGAGAGCAAAAUGGACUUUGAGAAGCCACUGUGUAACGACAAAGAAAGCACAAGACAUAUCAUUUGCGGAGGUUUUCUAAUGGACAUUUUCUUUGUUCUCUGAAAAUUCCUAUGGUUAUCAAGAAUGAGCCAGCCCGAAGAGAGGGGGGACACUAUUAAAAACCAUUGGUGUACGAGUGUUAUCUGUCAGGGAAAACAACUCCUUAAUCCAAGGUUUAAUGCAUUUUGAACAAUGUUUAAACUGGAAAGUUGUGAACUAGGACCAACUCAUCUCUUAUUAGGGGUCCAAGCAUAUGCAGCAAAGCUGCUGGUUGUAUGUGUUUUUGUUCCCAUCCUUGAUAACAGGUGGAGCUUCAUUUCAAUCUGGGUUUUGGACAACUGGGGCUCGUUCAGUAGAGCACAUCUGUAACACAUUUAGUGUUAUAGAUAGAAAUACCAUGAAAUAGAAAGUUCUUUAUCUCAGUUCUCCGUGGACUCUUGUCCUUACUGAAUAGGCAUCACAGACUAUCAGGAAAGGGCAGAGUGUUUUACCAUUUAAUAUGCCGACUGUGUUAUACCAACAUGCAUCAUGUAGAACUUUGCUUUGCUUGUUUCACUCUUUAAACCACCAUACUUGAAGGAACGCUAGCAUAGUGAUGAGCCUCAUGCACUUGAGUUAUGUUGAACCAAAAUGGCUACCUGUGGUUAAAUUUAUGCAAACACUCAACAUUGAUGUUCCACUAAUUUCUAACGAAAUGUGAUUAUUAAUGCAUUAUUGUAUGGUUUGUUAACUUAGGUUGCAUAUUUAAAGAAUGCUCAACACUUUCCUCUUUUUUUAAUUAUUUUUUUUAACCUUUAUUUAACCAGGCAAGUCAGUUAAGAACACAUUCUUAUUUUCAAUGACGGCCUGGGAACAGUGUUCAGGGGCAGAACGACAGAUUUGUACUUUGUCAGCUCGGGGGUUUGAACUCACAACCUUCUGGUUACUAGUCUAACACUCUAACCACUAGGCUACGCUGCCGCCCCUCUGGUUGGCUCAGAUGCAUUCCUGUGAAUAACUCGGGCCGAUCUAGAGCGAGGGUUGUCCUUGAGCAGAUUAUGUAAAUAAUGGGAGUGAUUUCUCAUUCCUGUCCGUUUGUCUUGGUCUGUUUUAUUUCUCCUUUUGUUUUGAACAGUAUGAGCUCACUAUCACAAGUCAACUUCCUUCAUGUGAAUUUUUUUCUUAUACUCAACUUUUCUUUUUAUUCCCCCCCCCCCUUGCGGUCUCAAACACACAUGUAUUGAAGAGAGUGGUUUCAAGAGCUACAUGCUUGGAUAGCCUAUAACUUAUAUUACCUGCUCAUGUUUGAAAGCUGAGUCGUUGGUGGGGGGCUUUUGUGUGUAGCAAAAGUGACAACUUUUCUCUCAUGCAGUCAUUCCUGUGAGAACCGAUGCCUUGACAUAUGAGCGGUACAACUUUUAUCAUUGCAACAGUUGGGACAAGGGCAUGCAGGUCAUGUACCCAGGAAGUGCUUUUAUCAGAAGUUCAACACUCCCGCCGACUCUUCUCUAAACACUACUACUGCAUUGCUUUUCCCUUCAUUCAUUCCAACCCUAACCUUAUUCUAUAAAGUGCAUUUUAUCUUUGCUGGACUGGGUGCUGUCCGUCAAACCUUUUGUGUUGAUUUUGAUGUCUCCCCAUUGAGAAGCAGAAUUUUGUCCUUGUCCAGUGUCACACCAGGUACAUGCAUGUCCAUUCAGAUGACACUGAGGCCAAGGCCUAAAUUCAGUGCAGAACGAUGUUCAGACUGCUCCAGAUAAAUGUAUUGUAUAGAUCACUUGUUUUCAAAUAGAAAGUGAUGUCUGCUCUAUAUGAAUGUUUGCCUUCUAAGUUCUGAACAUUUGUGCCCUCCUGAAAGAUGGUUUUAUACAGAAUUGGUCCACACCAAGCAAAGCAUUUUUCCCAGUAAUUAACUAUGGUUGAUAUGGAGUGCCUUUGUCCUUGAUACUAAAGACAUUUAAAAUGUACAGGGGAAGCAAUUGUCCACUUUACAUUGUAUCAAAACACUUAAGCUUCCUGAUUGUUUAACUUUUCAUUUGUGGUUGAGACUAAAUGCAUGACUCAUUCAAUAAAUCAAAUUGUUUUUUAA